AUCAUAUCCAUCCUGUUUAUCGGGCUGUCCACCAUCGCCCUGUCCCUCAACACCCUGCCUGAGCUGCAGGACACAGACGAGUUUGGCCACGCCUCAGACAACCCCCAGCUGGCCCACGUAGAGGCCGUCUGCAUCGCCUGGUUCACUAUGGAGUACCUCCUCCGCUUCCUCUCAUCGCCCACCAAAUGGAAGUUUAUCAAAGGUGAACACUUUAGUUUUUUAAUAUGCAAUCAAUGUCUGUGGCCAUUGUAAUGUAUUUAUUGGUGUUGUAUGUUUUAGCUGGUGCAAAUACAUUUCCCCUUAUAAGGAUGAAUAAACGACUGUCUUAUCUGAUCUUUAAGGUCCCCUAAACGUGAUCGACCUGCUGGCCAUCCUUCCUUAUUAUGUCACAAUCUUCCUGACCGAGUCCAACAAGAGUGUUCUACAGUUCCAGAACGUCCGGAGGGUGGUUCAGAUAUUCCGGAUCAUGCGUAUCCUUAGGAUUCUGAAGCUGGCUCGUCACUCCACGGGGCUGCAGUCUCUAGGUUUCACCCUGAAGAGGAGUUACAAUGAGCUGGGUCUACUCAUCCUCUUCCUGGCCAUGGGCAUCAUGAUCUUCUCCAGCCUCGUCUUCUUCGCUGAGAAGGACGAGGAUGACACCAAGUUCAAAAGCAUCCCGGCCUCCUUCUGGUGGGCCACCAUUACUAUGACCACGGUGGGUUAUGGGGACAUUUACCCUAAGACUCUGCUGGGGAAGAUUGUGGGUGGUCUCUGUUGCAUCGCAGGGGUGCUGGUGAUCGCCUUGCCUAUUCCCAUCAUCGUCAACAACUUCUCUGAGUUCUACAAGGAGCAGAAGCGCCAGGAGAAAGCUGUGAAGCGGCGGGAGGCACUGGAGAGGGCGAAACGCAACGGGAGCAUCGUCUCUAUGAACAUGAAGGAGGCAUUCGCCCGCAGCGCCGAGUUGAUGGACGUGGUGGUGGAGAAGAGCGAGAGGCCGCUAACGCAAGACAACCACCUCUCGCCCAGCCACUGGAAGUGGACACCCAAGCGGGCCACCACCGCCUCCGAGACCAGCUCGGCCCACUCCUUCAACCCUGUGGAGUCACAGACGGGUUCCCCCAGCAAGGCCAGGGCCUCCAGUCCUCAGGGGCUCAAUGCUCAGAAUCUGGAGGAGAUGUAUAACCAAAUGGCCAAGACCCAGUCACAGCCCAACCUCAACGCCAAAGACAAGAGCUCCAGGGCUGGCAGGCAGAGGGAUAGGGAUGAGAUGGAGCUGGGGACCAUCCCUGGGGGUCCAGGGGACCCUAUGCUAGGGGGCCGAGAGGGGGUGGGGGACAUGAAGAGCCUGUCUAGUAUUGACAGCUACAUCAGCUGUGCUGCAGACUUCCAGGAGAAUCCACGUGUUGUCUACGCCCAUAGUCCAGCCUCCGGCCUGGCCCUCCUGGCCCAGGAGACCAGCCGCUUCUCCCACAUCAGCCCAGUCACGGCCCUCUCUGGGCGGGUCAGCACCAACCCUGGCCUCCAGACAACACUGGAGCAUGAGCCCUUGCUGGAUCCACUCUCUGCUGUGAAGGCCGCAGGUUCUGGCAACACUCGUCACUUUAAUAACCCUCUGAAAGGUGGCGGCCUUUCCUACAAGGUGAACUACCGGAGCAGUGGAGGGGAAUCAGUGCCAGGACCAGGACCAGGCCCUUCCCCCAGCAGCGGUGGUCCUCUCUCAGACAGUUCCGUCCUGUCUGACCACUCCCUGCUCAGCCCAGAGACGUCCAUCUACACCACGGCCAGCAGCAGGACCCCUACCAAGUCCCCUGACAGCUCCACCCUGACCACGGUCCUGACCUCCACACCGGCCGUCUUCACUUUCCACGACUCCUCCAUCAGUAAGUACAUUGACGCCGACACAGACGAAGACGAGCACCUACGGGACAUGUCGGAGGCCACCAGCCCUUCAGAGCGCCUGCUGGCCGGCUCCAGUCCCCCCAAAUGCAACAGAAACAUCAACAGCGGCUACAACCAGAGAGGCAUCAACCACCUGGCACCAAGCACCACCCAGCGGAUGCUGGGGCAGAACUGCCUAUUCCCCGGCCUGGAUGGGGGGACGCGGGGGAGCGGGGGCCACACGGAGAACCAUGUGGUUCCGGAGCUGCCCCGCAGGCACAAAGGGGACAGAGGAAAGUCUAGUACCAUCGACAAGAGUCUC